CGCCUUUCUGCCUGACGAUCGCCAACACUCGUCGUGACGCGAUGGACGUGCGCCAGAGCUGGCGUAACCAGCCCGUGCUCCUGCGGCCAGCGGUCUACCGCCGGCGAGAGCGAGGGCCACCCGCGUCGCACUGGGACCUCCUCGCGUGGCCUUGCCAGGUGCUCACGUACCAGAGCUACCUCUUCGCACUCCACUACGUGCUCAUGACGUAUCUCCUCAUGGUCGCCGUUCUGGGCCUCGGUCUUUUGGCGCUCGGCCUCGUGCCGAUCGCGCUGCUGCGCUUCGCCUUGCAUCUUGUCGGAUGCCCAAGCCGCCGCUACUACCCGGCUGCGAUCCUCUACGGCGGCUUCCAACUCCUCGUCCGGUACGACGUGGCCGUCCACAACACGAUGGCCCAUGCGCCCGUGCCAUUGACCUUUGACGCCAACGCCAACGAGCUCCAGGACCUCCUCGAGAUGGGCCGGCGCCCGCGCUUUGUGCUGCGGCUACGCGACGGCUGGUCACCGCCACGCGUCGCCCAGUAUGUGCUCUACGUCUAUGUUGUGCGCCAGCUGCUCGUGGCGCUUGUGCUGCAGUGGGUCGCAUCCGCGCUCUAUAGCCUCGAAGCAGUGUGGGAACUCGCGCUGCUGCUGUUUUUCCCCGACGUCACGUGUACGUUUUCAUUUUUCUGGGGCUUGGACGCGCCGAUUUCGUGCGCUGAGCACCCUCUUGGGCUCGCGGGCUGUGUCGUCGUGUUGCUUGUGAUUUUUGUACGCUUGCGUCGGCCGGUCGUCGACGGCCUCUGUGCCACGACCACCUACUUUUGCUGCGAGUCGGUGCUCGUGCUACGCGGGUAAAUAAUGUUGAAUGCAGGUUAUUUAUACUACUAGGAACUGGGCGUUGAUGUCGUGGGCAAUGACACAAAUUUGUGCGCCAAACACGG